AUGACUCAAAAUAUUCUAGAUUUACUGGCAGAGCCUAGAAUGAUAAAAAUUUACGCUCCUAUGGUUAGAUACAGCAAGUUGCAGUUUCGAACCCUAGUAAGAAAGUAUGGUUGUGACCUUUGUUUUACACCAAUGAUCCUAGCUGAUUCAUUUAUACAGUCUUCAAAAGCUAGAAAUAGCGAAUUCUCCACUAGCGAAAAUGAUAAACCACUAAUUGUACAAUUUGCAGCCAAAGAAAUUAACGAUUUUGUAGAAGCAACAGAACUAGUAGCACUGUAUUCAAAUGGUGUUGAUUUAAACUGUGGCUGUCCACAAAGAUGGGCAAUGAAAGAUGGUUAUGGUGCAGAUCUUCUGACAAAACCUCAGCUUGUGAAAGACUUAAUUUCUCAAGUUAGAAAUAGGAUACCAAAACCAUUCACAGUAUCUGUAAAAAUCCGUCUCCUAAAAGAUAUCAAUAAGACAAUAGAACUGUGUCGAAUGGUAUAGUCUGCAGGAGCAUCUUUCUUAACAGUACAUGCCAGAACACCUGAUAUGCGCAAUGAACCUAUUGAUUUGGAAAAUUUAAAAUUCGUGAAAAGUUGCAUACAGCUGCCAGUUGUUGCCAAUGGUAAUGUUAGAUUAAUUGCCAAUGGUUCUCUUAAUGAUGCAGAAGUACUGUAUAGAGAAUCUAAAUGUAAUGGGGUAAUGGUCGCUAGUGGAAUUUUGACUAAUCCAGCUUUAUUUGCUGGAUAUGCAGCUACCCCUACUGAGUGUAUACAAGAUUGGCUUGACAUUACUUCAAUCAUGGAUAUUCAGUUUUUAUCCAUGCACCAUCAUCUUGUUUUUAUGUUGGAAAAAGUGUUAACAAAAAAAGAAAAGUUGAUAUUUAAUGUUUUGAAUAAUAAAAACGAUAUAUAUGCAUUUCUUAAAGACCGUUUUAAUAUUGAACCAAAAACGAUUAGUGAUAAAUAUAAAGUAACAGAUUGUGAAUAUCAAAUUAAGCCAAGAAAGUUCAUCAAACAAAAAAAUAUUGAAGAUGACUGUAAUAUAGAUUUAGAAAAUCUAUUUAUACAAUAA